AUGGCCGAAGAGGCUGAGGCUGAGACUGCAAAGCUCCUGAUCUCCGACAUUGGCAAAAAAUUACUCGCCCAAAAAACUUGCCCCAACAAAGACUUCCUAGUAAAGUUGCUCAAACAAGCUGCUAGUGCUUUCCCUGAGUUAAAACAGUUGGCAUCACUAAAAGCUGCAAUAAAACCACUGAGUGAUUCUCUUAUUAAGCAUAGACUGCUUCAGCAUAAAGAUAAAGAUAUUAGACUUCUGGUGGCCAUCUGUUUCUGUGAAAUUAUUCGGGUCCUGGCACCAAAUCCUAAUUUCAGUGAUGCAGUUUCUAAGGACAUCUUUAAACUGUUACUAAGUAUGUUUGUGGAGCUUGCUGAUACCACCAGCCCCUAUUUCUUGAAGAGGGUAAAACUAUUGGAGACUGUUGCUAAACUCAAAUUCUAUGUGCUAAUGCUAGACAUUGGCUGUGAAGAUUUAGUUCUUGAGCUGUUCAAUACCUUUUUUAAUGUUGUGAGGGAACAUCAUCCACAAAGUUUGGUUAGCAUGAUGUCGUCUAUGAUGGCUGGUAUUUUAGAGGAGAAAGCUUCUGAGAUUCUUUCAAAGGGGGAAAUUUGUGAAUCAGUUUUAACGGAGGAAGGUUUUGAGCCGCUUUUAGAUGUGGUUUUGCUAAAUCUUUUGAAGGAGGCAAAGGGUGCAUCUCCUGCUUCUUCUCGGCUUGCUGUUUCUGUCAUUCAAAAUUGCAGUGAAGCACUUGAGCCCUUUGUAUGUAGGUUUUUAACUUCUUGUAUAUUGAGUCGAGAUGCUGUAAGGAGUGAGCUCAAAGAACUUUACCAUGAAAUUAUCUUUGAAAUCUUCCGGUGUGCUCCUCAAAUGCUUUUUGCUGUCCUCCCAAACUUGACUCAAGAAUUACUGACUGAUCAGGUUGAUGCCCGGAUAAAAGCUCUUAACUUAAUUGGACGACUUUUUGCAUUGCCUGGACACAAUAUCGCCCAGGAAUAUCACCAUUUAUUCAUAGAGUUUUUGAAUAGAUUCUCUGAUAAGUCUGCUGAAGUUAGACUUAGUGCUCUAUUAUGUGCUAAAGCUUUGUACAUGACCAAUCCAUCUGGGAGAGAAUCGCUUGAAGUGCUCACUGCCCUGGAGGGUCGACUCUUAGAUUUUGAUGAUAGAGUGAGAACUCAAGCAGUGACUGUGGUGUGUGAUUUAGCCAGGUGUAACCCAAAGUUUGUUCCUCCUGAACUAAUGUCUCGGGCUGCUGAACGACUUCGUGAUAAGAAGGUAUCUGUUAGAAAGAAAGCCUUGCAAAAGUUGCUGGAGGUGUAUCAAAACUAUUGCACAAAAUGUUCUGGAGGUACCAUGACACUCAGUGACCACUUCGAAGAAAUUCCUUGUAGAAUUUUGAUGCUUUGUUAUGACAAAGACUGCAAGGAGUUCAGGCCUCAAAACUUGGAGCUUCUGCUUGCAGAGGAUAUGUUUCCUGCUUCCCUCUCAAUGGAGGAGAGGACUAGGCAUUGGAUCUUUAUGUUCACUCUUUUUAGCCCUCUUCAUGUUAAGGCAUUGAACACUAUUUUAUCUCAAAAACGAAGGUUGCGAACUGAGAUGCAAUUUUACUUGGCCCUCCAGAAGAAAGAAGAGGAUAAUAACUCUGAAGAAGUGAAGAAGAGAAUUAAAAUGUCCUUUAUGAAAAUGUCAGCAACAUUUCUGGAUCCUGCCAAAGCGGAAGAGGGUUUUCGUAGGCUCAAUGUAAUGAAAGAUAAUGGCAUUUUUAAUGCAUUGGCACAGUUGCUGGAUGAAGUGACUAUUAAUGAUGCCCAGACUGCUAGAGAGACUUGUGAUGGUGAUUCUACUGUUGAUAUAAGGCUUGGUUUGCUCGACUUGAAUGGUAGUUUUGGCAGGGGAUGUGUCAUCCAAUGCAGAAUAGGGAGAUUAACAUUGAAAACAGUGUUUAGAGCUAGUCCAUAG